UUGCAUGGAAAAUAAACAAAUUUUUUAAAAACAGGUCAAACCACCCAACACUAGUGAACUGAAAAUUGGAAAAACACUAAAAAAUGGAAAUCGCCGACGAAGUACCCGGCGAAACGGUGAAGUUGCAGAUUAAAUUCGGUGGUGAAACAAUUCGAAUGUCAAUGUUGACUGAUUCCACCAUUGCUGACCUCAAAGAGUUGCUCAAAUCCUCCACUAACGUCCUCCCUCGCGGCCAGAAGCUCAUUCACAAAGGAAAAGUCUUGAUUGAUUCUAACACUUUGAGGACUUCGGAAAUAAAGAAUGGGUCUAAAAUCAUGCUCAUGGCUGCUGAAGGUCUUCAUCAAGGGGAGGGUCCGAGGAUUAAGAAUGCAUCCGUGUUGUCGAAUUAUCGGAAAAUCACGAAUGCAGAUCGAACCAUCAAAUUCGUGCCCAUUCUAGCAACCCCAAUGGCUGACUCGAGGAUUAAACGAUGGAAGAUCACUAGAGUUAUUGGCCUCGCUGAGUCGAAUUUGAAGGCUAUACCUGAAGAAGUAUGGGAAUGUGGAUCAUCUUCUGGCUCUUGUGCUAAAGUGCUUGAUCUCAGCAACAACUUUAUACGUGAUAUACCAAUCAAUAUUAGCUGCUUGACACGUAUCGAGAAAUUGAUUUUAAAUUCAAAUGAAAUCUCGGAUGAUUCAGUAAGUUGGGAGGGCCUAACUCAGUUGAAGAUUUUGAAAUAUCUUUCUUUCGAUAAAAACAACUUGACUUAUCUACCUUCUUCCUUGGGUGCACUCACUUCCCUGGAGCAACUGCAUGUAGCAGACAACAAACUGGAAACUCUUCCGAUAGAAAUUGGUCUUUUGACACAGUUGGAAAUUUUAAAAGUCAACAACAACAGGAUAAUUGCAAUACCCUCUUGUAUAGGUGACUGCAGUUCUCUAGUUGAGGUAGAUAUAUCCUCAAAUCUUCUCGGAGAGUUACCUGAGACAUUUGGCAAUCUACAAAAGUUGAAGGUGUUGCAUCUUAAUCACAAUGGACUUGAAUCACUGCCAUCAACUCUAUUCAAAAAUUGUGUCGAGCUCUCAACUCUUAAUAUUCAUAAAGCAGGAAUAACAACAGAUAUGCUUCAUAAGAUCGAGGGAUGGGAAGAUUUCGAUAAGAGGAGACGCUUGAAAUAUCAGAAGCAAUUGGAUUUCCGUGCUGGUGGCUCCGCUGAAUUUGAUGAAGGUGCUGAUCAGAACUGAUAGACAAACAGUCAAACACAAAUUCAUUAUGUGAAGAGUGCCGCAGCAGAAAACCUUGUUAUCUGGUCGUUCAUCAAAGUCUCAUACUCUCAUAUGGGGGUAAGAAUUGAAGGUUACAGAAUCAAAGUCUCAUAAGGGGUUGUGGUCAUUGUGGCGGAUCAGGGACGGAAAUCUAUGGAAGGAUUUACUCGGGAUCAUCCUGUAAUUGAUUAGUGUUAUCCACUUAGUUUGUUAAGUAUACCUCCAUUUGCGCAGGCAAAUAUAUGACGUUAGUCAUUCUUCAGUUGUAUUUACCAAGCUAUGUUUUAUUUAGCUAUUUUCUUUUGGCAAUCAGCAGCCUGUUGGUUUGCCACUAAAUUAUAAUUUGACAACCAAAUGUUACCAUCAGCUUUUAUUUCGCCCCUUAUAUAUUGAUUUAAAGAGUGUAAAUAAUGAUUUGUGAGUUGCGACACGAUGGUGCAGAUGGAUUCAUUUGUCUACCAAAGAGUGAAAUAAGUUUUUAUAAGUAA